AUGCAGGAUCCCAACCCGCACACUGCCAGGCUGGGCGACAUUCUGCUCACCUACGGUGUGUGGGAAGCGGAUCAAGCGCGCACCGCAUCCUCAGAAGCAGAUGCGACGGCGACUGGGGCAGGGUUGCUGGCGGGUUACGUGCAAGGCAUGUCAGACCUCUGCUCGCCGCUCUACAUCAUGUGCCAAGGCGACGAAGUACGCACAUUCUGGUGUUUUGUUGGCCUCAUGGAACGCACCAAGUCCAACUUUUACCGCGAUCAAUCCGGGAUGAAGACGCAACUCGUGCUCCUGCAAAAGCUCAUCUCCAUCAUGGGUCCCGCACUGUACACGCAUCUGGAACGCACCGACUCGCUCAACCUGUUUUUCUGCUUCCGCUGGCUGCUCGUGCGCUUCAAGCGCGAAUUCACUUUCGACGAGACGCUCGCACUCUGGGAGGCAUGCUGGGCCGCCGAACCGCAUCGCACAGGUGCGGUAGAGGGAGAGUGGGGCCUGAGUGCAAGCUUCCACCUCUUCUGCGCGCUCGCGCUGCUCGAGCUGCACCGCGACUACCUCAUCCGCUACCUGCAGCACUUUGACGAGAUCUUGCAGUACUUCAACUCGCUCACGGGUGAAUUCAACGCCAAUGCGGUCAUCAACAAGGCCGAAGUGCUGGCGAAGAGUUUUGCAGAGAUCGUUUCGCACAGCCGAAGCCAGGGCGGCAAAAGAGAGGCGCCAGAGGAGGAGGGCAAGGGGAAGGAACAGGAGCAGAGAGACUUCUUGCACAUCUUGUCGUCCGACGAGCUGCGGUUCUUGCUCUAG